AUGAUACCAAUGCAAUAUAACCCACCAAGUGGAGGACUCGGUGGAGGUUUUUCAGAUUUCGAUAAUAAGCAUGCUAGUGGUAGUGGUGGUCAUGGACAUUCACAUGGUGGAAAUGGUGGAGGACAUGGUCAUUCUCAUGGUGGCGGUGGUGGUAAUGAUCAUGGCCAUUCUCAUGGUGGCGGUGGUGGUAAUGAUCAUGGUCAUUCUCAUGGCGGUGGACACCACCAUGAAGAGGAAGAAGAGAAACCACAUCAACAUGUAUUUGGUGGUAUUCCAGAGGUGGUUCCAUACCUUCAGAUCGUUACACCAUCGAUUCUCGAGAGUUCGCCACCCAUGUUGAGAGAACAAUAUAUGUUGCUGCUUGAGAGAUACUCUACACAGCAGUUGAAGGCUGCCGAACACCCUUGGAGUGGACCACUGCCAUAUUCAACCGUUCUCAUUGCAAUGGAGGUCGCUCAACAAGGAAACAUCAAAGACUACCAAGGAAUGAUUGAGAAAUCCGGAAUUUCAACGAAAUCAUUCCUCAACAUGGUAGACAUCGCUGGAAACACCGCACUCCACUACGCAGUGCUGAAGAAACAAUUGGUGUUCGUGCAGUAUCUCCUUGACAAUGGCGCAUCGGUCGACAUUGAGAAUCACACCGAGGGACAGACAGCACUUCAUUGGGCAUGUAUCUCCACAGAGCCAACCAUAGUACACCGUUUGAUAGAUGCCGGUGCCGAUCCACACAAAGUAGACAAGCGUGGAUACAACUCACUGCUCCACGCUUCGCAAUACAACCAGAUUCAUUCGAUUCGUCUGAUUCUAGAGUGUGGAGUGAACUUACACUCUACGGAUUUCGCAGGUCAUACAGCACUUCACUGGGCUGCCUAUCAAGGACAUGCCAACCUGGCGAGAUUCUUUGUUUUCAAAGGAAUAGAUAUCAACUCUAUCGAUGACCAAGGACGUACAGCACUUCACUGGGCAUGUCAUAAGGGACACAAAGCAGUUGUAUCGAUGUUGUGCAACUUGAAAGCUGACAGAUUCACCACCGACAAGGAUGCCAAUAUGUGUUAUGACCUCGCUAAAUCAAAAGGACUACAGGAAAUCAUGGAUUUCUUGGAAUCAAAAGAUCAAGAUGAGAAAUUUACUUCGAUUAAACAAUAUAAUUAUUUUUGGAUUACAGCAGGUUGUAUGACUUUGUUGGUUCCAAUCGUACUUUUGUGUACUUUACCAUUUGUUUUGGCAGCACCACUCAUCGGUAUCAUUGGAUAUUUCUCAUUCUAUACACUCACCUCUAAAUAUUGGAUUCCAGAAAACAAUAAUCCAUUCAAUCCAACCAUUUUAUACUUUUCCAAUGUAAUUUGGUAUAUUCUAUAUAUUUUUGUUUUGGCACCAGCCACAUAUUCUACCAACAUGGUACCACACAUCCUUAUCAAUAUUCAAAUGUGGUUCUUCUUUGUUUACUUUAUAAAGUUGGUAUUCAUGGAUGCCGGAGCAGUAAGUCGUUACCACAGCCAAGAAUCAUCAACCAAAGAAUUCAUGACCGCUCUCGAACAAAGAAAACCAUUACCUUUAAUUUGUCCAACUUGUUUAAUUAACAGACCAAUUAGAUCAAAACAUUGUCCAUCAUGUAAUCAAUGUAAUGCCAGAUUCGAUCAUCAUUGUAUAUGGAUUAAUAAUUGCGUUGCUGCCAACAAUCAAAGUUUAUUUAUUGCUUUGGUAUUUAAUUAUGUGACAUUGGUACUUUCUGGUUUCGUCAUUACCAUGAACUAUUUCGCUUUGGAUGUGAAUGGUCCAGCUUGGAGUGAUGGUCGUCUCGAUUGGAUUAAAUAUUUCUACUCCAACUACACAGUUACCUUUUUCUUUUUGAUAUACGGACCAAUUGUAGCAUCUUGGAUUGGUAAGCUCGGUCUUUCGCAACUUCUCACUAUCGUUUUCAACAAGACAACCUACGAGCAAAUCAUUGAGCGUAGAGAAAUGACCAACGCCCAUUCACAUGGCCACUCACACGGAGGAGAAAACAAGAGUUUCGAAGCGAACAAAGAUGGUCAAUUCAGCCAGACUAAUAUCAACUACAAUGCUUACAAUCGUGGAAAGAUGAACAAUGUCAAGGAAUUCCUCUUUGAUAUUAAAAAGUAUUAUUAUCUAAUGGAUUUGUCAAAUAAAGUGUUUCAAUUGUCAAUAAGUUGA